CCGCGCCCCGGCCCCGGGCGCGCCAGCUCUCCAGACGUCCGCGGUCCGGCCGGCGUGUGCUCCUCCCGCGGUUGCCAGCACCGUUUCCUCCCCCGGCUCGGGAGGGAGGCGGGAUUGAUCUUCGAUCGCGAAGAUGGCUGCUGGCUGCCUGCUGGCCUUGACUCUGACACUUUUCCAGUCUUGGCUGAUCGGCCCCUCGUCGGAGGAGCCGUUCCCUUCGGCCGUCACCAUCAAGUCAUGGGUGGAUAAAAUGCAAGAAGACCUUGUCACGCUGGCGAAAACAGCAAGUGGAGUCAAUCAGCUUGUUGAUAUUUAUGAGAAGUAUCAGGAUUUGUAUACCGUGGAACCAAAUAAUGCACGGCAGCUGGUGGAAAUUGCAGCCAGGGAUAUUGAGAAACUUCUAAGCAAUAGAUCUAAAGCUCUGGUGCGCUUGGCUUUGGAAGCAGAGAAGGUUCAAGCAGCCCACCAGUGGAGAGAGGAUUUUGCGAGCAAUGAAGUUGUCUACUACAAUGCAAAGGAUGAUCUUGAUCCUGAAAAAAAUGAGAGUGAGCCAGGCAGCCAGAGGAUAAAACCUGUUUUUAUUGAGGAUGCUAAUUUUGGACGACAGAUAUCCUAUCAACAUGCCGCAGUCCAUAUUCCCACGGACAUCUAUGAGGGCUCAACAAUUGUGUUAAAUGAACUCAACUGGACAAGUGCCUUAGACGAAGUUUUCAAAAAAAAUCGAGAGGAAGAUCCUUCAUUGUUGUGGCAGGUGUUUGGCAGUGCCACAGGCCUUGCCCGAUAUUAUCCAGCUUCCCCAUGGGUUGAUAACAGUAGAACUCCAAACAAGAUUGAUCUUUAUGAUGUACGCAGAAGACCAUGGUACAUCCAAGGAGCUGCAUCGCCUAAAGACAUGCUUAUCUUGGUUGAUGUGAGUGGAAGUGUUAGUGGAUUGACACUUAAACUGAUCCGAACCUCUGUCUCCGAAAUGUUGGAAACCCUCUCAGAUGACGAUUUCGUGAAUGUGGCUUCAUUUAACAGCAAUGCCCAGGAUGUGAGCUGUUUUCAGCACCUUGUCCAAGCCAAUGUGAGAAAUAAGAAAGUGCUGAAAGAUGCAGUGAAUAAUAUCACAGCAAAAGGAAUCACUGACUAUAAGAAAGGCUUUAGUUUUGCUUUUGAACAGCUGCUUAAUUAUAAUGUUUCUAGAGCCAACUGCAAUAAGAUUAUCAUGUUGUUCACGGACGGAGGAGAAGAGAGAGCCCAGGAAAUAUUUGCCAAAUACAACAAAGACAAAAAAGUACGUGUAUUCACAUUUUCAGUUGGUCAACAUAAUUAUGACAGAGGACCUAUUCAGUGGAUGGCCUGUGAAAAUAAAGGUUAUUAUUAUGAAAUUCCUUCCAUUGGAGCAAUAAGAAUCAAUACUCAGGAAUAUUUGGAUGUUCUGGGUAGACCAAUGGUGUUAGCAGGAGACAAAGCUAAGCAAGUUCAAUGGACAAAUGUGUAUCUGGAUGCACUGGAACUAGGACUUGUCAUUACUGGAACUCUUCCGGUCUUCAACAUAACGGGCCAAGUUGAAAAUAAGACAAACUUAAAGAACCAGCUGAUUCUUGGUGUGAUGGGAGUUGAUGUGUCUUUGGAAGAUAUUAAACGACUAACACCACGUUUUACACUGUGCCCCAAUGGCUAUUAUUUUGCGAUUGAUCCUAAUGGUUAUGUUCUACUACAUCCAAAUCUUCAGCCAAAGCCUAUUGGUGUAGGUAUACCAACAAUUAAUUUAAGAAAAAGGAGACCCAAUGUUCAGAACCCCAAAUCUCAGGAGCCAGUAACUUUGGAUUUCCUUGAUGCAGAAUUAGAGAAUGACAUUAAGGUGGAGAUUCGAAAUAAAAUGAUCGACGGAGAGAAUGGAGAAAAAACAUUUAGAACUCUGGUUAAAUCUCAAGAUGAGAGGUACAUUGACAAAGGAAACAGGACAUACACAUGGACUCCUGUGAAUGGCACAGAUUACAGUUUGGCCUUGGUAUUACCAACCUACAGUUUUUACUAUAUAAAAGCCAAAAUAGAAGAGACAAUAACUCAGGCCAGAUCCAAAAAGGGCAAAAUGAAGGAUUCUGAAACACUGAAGCCGGAUAAUUUUGAAGAAUCUGGCUACACAUUCAUAGCACCAAGAGAUUACUGCAAUGACCUUAAAAUAUCAGAUAACAACACUGAAUUUCUUUUAAAUUUCAAUGAGUUUAUUGAUAGAAAAACGCCAAACAACCCAUCCUGUAACACGGAUUUGAUUAAUAGAGUCUUGCUGGAUGCAGGCUUUACAAAUGAACUUGUCCAAAAUUACUGGAGUAAGCAGAAAAACAUCAAGGGAGUGAAAGCACGGUUUGUUGUGACUGAUGGAGGGAUUACCAGAGUUUAUCCCAAAGAGGCUGGAGAAAACUGGCAAGAAAACCCAGAAACAUAUGAGGACAGCUUCUAUAAAAGGAGUCUCGAUAAUGAUAACUAUGUUUUCACUGCUCCCUACUUUAACAAAAGCGGACCUGGUGCUUAUGAAUCAGGCAUUAUGGUAAGCAAAGCUGUAGAAAUAUAUAUCCAAGGAAAACUUCUUAAACCUGCAGUUGUCGGAAUUAAAAUUGAUGUAAAUUCUUGGAUAGAGAAUUUCACCAAAACAUCAAUCAGGGAUCCGUGUGCUGGUCCAGUUUGUGACUGCAAAAGGAACAGUGAUGUAAUGGAUUGUGUGAUUCUAGACGAUGGUGGAUUUCUUUUGAUGGCAAAUCAUGAUGAUUAUACGAACCAGAUUGGAAGAUUUUUUGGAGAGAUCGAUCCAAGUUUGAUGAGACACCUGGUUAACAUAUCGGUUUACGCUUUUAACAAGUCUUACGAUUAUCAGUCGGUGUGUGAACCCGGCGCUGCACCCAAGCAAGGAGCAGGGCAUCGCUCGGCGUACGUGCCAUCAAUAGCAGACAUAUUACACGUUGGCUGGUGGGCCACUGCCGCUGCUUGGUCUAUUCUACAGCAGUUUCUCCUGAGUUUGACCUUUCCACGGCUUCUUGAGGCAGUUGAGAUGGAAGAAGAGGACUUCACAGCUUCUCUGUCAAAGCAGAGUUGCAUUACCGAACAAACCCAGUAUUUUUUCGAUAAUGACAGCAAAUCAUUCAGUGGUGUAUUAGACUGUGGGAACUGCUCCAGAAUCUUUCAUGUAGAAAAGCUUAUGAACACCAACUUAAUAUUCAUUAUGGUUGAGAGCAAAGGGACUUGUCCCUGUGACACACGACUGCUCACACAGGCAGAGCAGACUUCUGAUGGUCCAGAUCCUUGUGAUAUGGUUAAGCAACCCAGAUACCGAAAAGGGCCUGAUGUCUGCUUUGAUAACAAUGUCUUGGAGGAUUAUACCGACUGUGGUGGUGUUUCUGGAUUGAAUCCCUCCCUGUGGUCCAUCAUCGGAGUCCAGUUUGUACUACUUUGGCUUUUAUCUGGCAGCAGACACUGCCAAUUAUGA